AUGGCAGGCGCUCGAGUCGAUGACCCCAGCUACCUCAUCGCAUCCAUGAAGGAAUGGGGCACUCCAGAUGACGUCCAACAGGCACUGACGGGCAAGGGUUAUACGACCGUUGCGCUGGUUGCUCAUGCACUGCCCGAGCCUGAUGCGCUCGAACCCUUUCUCCUGGCCGUUCUGGGCCGCCCGGCUAACCACAUCCCCGGGGAAGCACUUUUCUCCCCUGCUGCUUCAGGCCUGCGACGUGUGGUGAAGGCAUGUCAGGACAUGGUUGGUGUGUCUGGCAGUCCGGAUCCGACAUCUCCUCUACAGCAGUUGUCGCCAUCUAAGACAACACGCCUGUCUGCCGCCGAAGUGUCCCAACUUAAGACUGCCUUCCAGACCAAGUACCCUUCCGAGCUCCUCACAGCCGAGCUCACACCGUCGCUUCCCUUUCUGAUGCUCUUGAAGGAAGGGCUGGAUGCCAAGCAGCUCCCCUGGGUCCCCUGGCGCUCUCGCACCAGCGAGGCAGACGCUGUGGCAUUCACCGAACGUCGCAAGCCUCGCACCGACAAUGCCAUGCUGCUGACGUUGCUCCAAGGGUCUUCGGACGAUGAUUUGCAGGCUCCGAUCCCGCAUCAAGGACCAGUGGAGCCGAUUGUACGUCGCUUCUUUGGUCUCAUGUGCAACGGCCUCGCUUUGCUGGAUUCGGUGCACUUGCUUCCACUUCGCAAGCUUAUGGAGAAGUUCGUGGGGUUGGCGGUUGCGCAACCAGUCGACAAGAGUCUUCGUUCCCCCUCCCUUCAGGAGGUGAUGGAAGCGGAUCGCGUGGUUUGGCUUGGAGUUUCCGCUUUGCAGCAGGAGAACGCUUGGUCUUUGGCUGAUGCGAUUGCCGAAAUGACGCACAUUCGUCCCGAUAUGCAUGCAGCCUUGGCACCCCGGGUGAAGGCGGCGUUGACUCCUGCACCUGCUUCUGAGCGAUCCUCACGCAAACGUGCGGCCAGUCGUGACGGGUCGCACCGGCAGCCAAAGGCCAAAGCCCAGAAGAACAAAUCCUCUCCCUCGUCUGCUGCCAAGGACAAGGUGACCCCGUCUCGCUGGCCCACCAAUUGGGCUCGGGAGAUCUCUGGGAAAGGGGUCUGCAUUCGCUUCCACACGUCCAAGUGCAAGAACAAGUCUUGCCGCUACUCCCAUAAGUGUCCCAUCUUGAUGGCCAAUGGUGCACCAUGUGGCGCGGACCAUGUUGGGGUGGCUUCGGGGGUCAGCGGGGCUCUCGGGCCACCCUUGGAUGCUGUGGUCGGGAAUCCGACCGGUGUCUGCCUGCCCGACGUUGGGGCUCCCUUGCCUGGUUCAGCUGAAGAUUUCGCUUCCCAAUUCUUUCUCCGUGCAGAGGCACCCUGCGCCUCUACAAUUUUGCAGCUUGCUGACUUGCUGUUGGCUGAGUGCUCUGAUCGUGACGCCAGGUUUGCUGUGGGCAAAUCCGUUUCUGCAGGCUUGGCGAUUCGCAAGGGAGCACAUCUUCGUCCUGCAACAGUCUCCCAUCCUCAGUCUGUGAGACUAGUUAAUCGUUUUAUCUCCAUGCUCUCACCCGCGUUUCUGCACAGCAGUUUUGUGAUCAUCGAUGGGGUAGAAUCGGCUCCUCAUCGUGAUCGCCUCAACGCAGCCAUCCCGAACAUUGUCCUUCCCAUCAGUCGCUUCCGCGGCGGUGAGCUGCUGAUUGAGUGCCAGGACGGUUCGGAUGUUCUUGAGUGCCCCAGUGGUCCUCUUGCUGCUCGGCGCCUUUCUCCCUCUCAGGGCCCCGUCGUGUUCAAUGCCCGGGACUGUUUCCACACCGUCGCUGCCGCACAAGACCGCCGUGUGGUGGUGGCUGCCUACACUCUGCAAGUCUGUGUCGCAGAGCCUGAUCAAAUCGCGCACCUGGCGCCUCAGCUCCGUGACCUCGGCUUCCGGCUUCCCACCCCCUUCGACACGGCCUUGGUGUCUGCCCGGGAACCUUAUAAUCUUCCACUUGCUCCCCAUCAGUGGACGCUAAUGCCAGAUUCAUCCCCAUGCCCCUCUCUAUCUGCUGAUCCCGAACACAGGGUCGAGGCUGGCUGCAACUCCCUGCCGUGUCAGGGCCCAGCCUCUUCCCCGUCCUCGCCAUGCUCGGAUGGCCCGGCUUUCCCAGGUCCAUCUGCCCCACGCUUGUUCCUGGAUCUCUUCGCUGGGGCUCGUGCUCCGCUUUCGGAGGCAAUGGCUACGCUUCUGGCCGACCGCUUCGAGCCUGUUGACAUCAUCUUCGCCACUGAGUUUGAUCUCCUUCGCGACGACAGAUUCGAGCUGCUUUGCCGGGUUGCAGAUUCCGGCCUUGUCGGGGCAGCUUGUGCGGCACCGGUCUGCUCUGACCAUUCGGUUCUGCGUCUCAAACCUGCGGGACCGCCACCGGUUCGUACUCCUUCUGAAAUCGAUGGUUGCUUGCACAACUCAUGGUCGGACCCGCUCAUGCAGGCUUGGUUGCAAUCGGUCGCCCCGUUCGCGGCCCAGGUGGCCGCUUGCAAGGUUGGUCGUCCUUGGGCAAAGCGCUGGCUCUUUGUGUCUAACCGGGCCGAGAUUUUGGAGAUCGCGUCCGUUUGCGAUCACGGGCACUCCUCGCAUGAGCCCUUGCCACGGGGCCGCUUGGCUGAUGGAUCCUUUGCUUCACGCUUGACGGCAGAAUACCCUCCGGACUUGGCUCAGUCCCUGGCUUCACUCGCCAGUCGCUUUGUGACCCGCUCUGAUCGGGUGGUUCCUCUGGAUGCAUGGCGUUCGGUGCUUCCGGCGGCGCCUGUUUGGACACAGCCGCGUAUGCGGGUGGAAGAUGGCGGCGGUCUUCGUAGCACGGCGGCCUGGUUGUCUCCAUCCGGCCCUGACUACCUUCGGAGUCUCCGUUUGAACUGGACGCAAAGGCUUUUUGAUUCUGGCCUUUGCCUAAAAAUUUCAGCUGCUUUGCGGGCAGGCUGUGAUGCAGCUCCCAUCUCUCCGGCUGAGCUUGCGCCGUUCUUGGAUGAUCUGUGCGAUUUCCUCGAGGUUCCCACGUCGGAGCGCCCAGCUAUCUUGGAGGUUCCGCAGGGCCAGCCUUUUCGUCUGCAUCUCCUGCAACGUCUCCUGGAGUGCUGCCAGGACCCGGAGGCCCGCGUCUGCCCGGACUUGGCUUCCGGCGUCCGUCUGGAAGUCGAUUGCUUGCUCGAACCUUCGGUUCACUGGCCCAAGCGGGAUGAGGUGCAUCCUCUUUCGGAACUGGUGAUCUGCGACGGAUCCUGGAAGUCUGCGUCUGAUCAUCCCCAAGAGGUCUUGCAGAUGCUCGAGGAAGAGCUGGCAGAAGGCUGGAUUUCCGAGUACCCCUCGUUGCAGGCCAUCCAGGCCACCUUUCCGCAGGUCGCCUGCGGUAAGUUAGGGUUUGUCCAGGCCGAGGGCCGCUCGGCACGCUUGGUGGUUGAUAGUUCGAUUAGUGGGGUUACGGGCUCUUGCCAGAUCCCGAAUCACAUGCUGAAUCCGCGGCUCUGCGACAUCGCUGCUUGCGCCCCAGAGCAGGUUCCUUCUGAGCCGUGGGUGGGGGUCUCUCUGGACGUUCGCAAAGCGCACCGGCGGGUUCUGCUGGCCUGGGCGGAUCGCGCUCUCGUCGCUUUUUCGUUUCUGGGACGCUUCUUUAUCUCCAACAACCUGAAUUUUGGAGCCAGGGCAUCGGCUUUCUGGUGGGGUCGAAUAGCCGGUAUGCUCAUGCGUCUUUCGCAUGCGGUCAUACGUCUUCCUCACUUGAUGUGGGAUUAUGUCGACGAUUUUUUGGCGGCAUUCCGCUCUUCUACAGCACCACUCCAUGCCAGCCUCUGGCUCGUUCUCUUCAUGUCGCUGGGGGUUCCACUGAGUUGGAACAAGUGCACCUGGGGCGAGUCGAUUCGUUGGAUUGGCUGGGAUCUUCGCUUCGAUGUUUGGACUGCCGAGCUUCCGUGGGAGAAACGUGCCCGCAUCCUUGACCAGCUGCGAUCCCUGCUUUCUUGCAAACGCAUUCGGGUGCGUGACCUCGAGUCAGCGUUAGGUCGGUUGCUGUGGCUCUCUGGCCUGCUGGUCUGGAUGCGACCUCUUCUCUCACCGGUGUACAAGGUCCUGACCCAGUUGCCAUCCACCUCCAUUGCGGUGUCACCUGCACUCUGGGAUCGGCUCUUGGCUGCUUGCGACGACGAGUGUGUCAUCCGGCAGUCCACUGGCCACGCGUCCCUCCCGAAGUCGGCGCGGGUGAUCCGCGUCGCUAACACUUUCGUCACGUCCAAGCAGCAGCUCCUGGAUACGCCGUUUCGCAAGCACCGCCUCUGGGUUACCGUGCAAGAUGCCGAUCAUCCCUACCGUGUGGUUGAUGAGCCGGCUCGCGAAGCAAUCCAUGCUUGGGUGAUGGCACUCGAAAGUGCACCCCUAUCCUGCUCACUGCUGCGCCCGACACCACUUCUGCUCAUUGCCGAAGCUGACGCAUUUGCUGAUGCGUCCCUGUGCGGCCUCGGCGGGUACAUCUCUUGGCCUUCCGGGAAAUGCUCCUGGUUUAGUGUCACCUUGACUGCUGAGGAUGUGGCGCGAUUGUGCGAUGUCAUGCCUGCACCUUUGCAAUCGCAUAUUGCCGCCUUAGAAUUGCUGGCUCAGCUUUGUCUCUUGUGGGUCACUCAUGCUGCGCUUCCUGGGUGCCGUACGGCACUAGAGGUGGCGCUGCGCUGCGAUAAUUCGGCAGCAGAAGCAGCUGCUCACAAAGGGUUGUCGUCUGUUCGUUCCCUUGCCUGGGUUCUUCGCAGGUUCUAUGCGUGCGAGCAAAGCUUCAAUAUUCGAGCUGCUCCAGAACAUAUCCCGGGUUACCGCAAUGUGCUGGCCGACGAGCUGAGCCGCCUCGGCACUUCGACUCCUCCUUUGGCGCUGGAAGACCGCUGUGCUCCACCACUCGCAGAGCUGCUGCGUGCCCCCACUCGGCUCCGGCUGGGCCCUCCGCCUGCAUCUGCUCGCUGGCCAUCCUACCUCGAGCAGCUUGCGUAG